AUGAAAAAUAUGUUUAAUUUACCUUUCAAGUUUGAGAAUAAUCCAGGUACCUAUGAUAUAAAACUAUUGGAUAUAUCAAAGGAUAAUCUCGCCAUUGAGAUUUCAGAACUCCUCAAACAGACGUAUCUCUCUGACUGCCGAGAUGAACGAUCUGACAGUGUCCAUGGAAAGAUGUAUGGACCACACCAUCGUUUGAUGAUUUCGCUACCGACCAACUACAAGAGAUACCACAAGAAUAUCUUCUAUCUCGUCGAUCCAAACUCACCGUAUACCUUCUUGACAGACGAAGUCAUGACCAAACUCGGUGUGGAACAUAAAAUUCCUUCGUCUGGUGUCUACCUGGAAAUCAAUCAGAAACCAACGAGAGCAUUCAUUUCCACAGGCCAUUUCAGAGAUGUCAAUGUAAUCGGCACCAAUUUCCUGGAUGGUUUGAAAUUGCACAUCAACUAUUUGUAUCCCUAUGGAUUUGAAUUGGAAUUCCCUCAACAUAACCAGGCAUCUUCUCAACAAGCACAGUUAUCUCAACAAUAUCCUCAACAACAACAAACUCAACAACCACCAAUGCAACCUUAUGCACAACAACAACAGCAACAACAACCUCAACAAUCACAACCACUACAACCUCAACACCAACAACAAUAUCCAUAUUCUUAUAGUGGAUCGCAACAACAACAACCACCUCAGCAACAGCAACCACAACAAUCACAACAAUAUGCACAACAACCACUGUCACAAGACAACUCUUACUAUCCCAAAGAACAAAAACAUGAAUUCGACGAUCAUCAACAACAGCAAAUGCCACCAACACAUUAUUCUCCUUAA